AUGUCCGAGGCCGCCAUUCCAAAAGAGUGGACGGCGACGUGGAAUCUCUUCGACGAUCGCCGCACCGGAUUCGUUUCGCACGUCGACCUCAAACACAUCCUCCGCAGCCUCGGGCGACGCCACACCGAGGCGGAGUUUCAUGCCCUCCUCGCAAACCUCCCCGAUCCCGCGCCUUUCGCGGCUUUUACGCGGCUCAUGCAGCAGCCGUAUAACGGGCCGAACGAGAACGACCUUCUGGCGGCCCUUCGCGCGUUUGAUCACCAAGGAUCCGGCACCCUUCGCCUCGCCGAGCUUGUGGUGUUGCUUUCGUCGCUCGGGGAGAAAAUGCCGGAGGGGGAGGUGCGGCAGCUCCUUUCCGAGGUUCCCACGGAUGAGGAGGGAAAUUUGAACAUCGAGGCGCUCGCGCGGUUUUUGGUGACCCCGGUCGCGAUCUCGCCGGAGGAGAUUAGCUAA